AUGGUUUUGUUUUCGAGGUACAAAGUCAAAACCCUCCUCGUUUGUGCUUGUAAGUUAGAGAAAAUUAUGUUUUUGUGCUAUAUGUAUUAGUGACUACAUAAGUCAAGAAAGCUAGCGGGAACCUUACCUGAGCCAGGUUUUUAUUGUUGUUAGCGUUUAUCUUUUAUAUUUGACAUCUAGUUAAAUUUUUCAAAGUUUAUUGUCUUUAUAUUACGUUGUUCACAUAAUUCUGUGCUCUCUAAUCCCAAAAAGUUGCUUUAAUAGGAGCACAGAAUUAUUUGAACAGCCUAAUAAUUACAAAUAAUUACAAAAAUUUCAGUUAUUGCCGGUUUAUGGCUGAUCAAUGUGAAAAUCUACAAUAAAGAAGCAUCUUAUUCAUCUCUACCUUAUCAACAAGAACUGAUUGCUUUGUUUUCACUAAAUAAAGCAAAUAAUUCUGAUGCAAUUGGUGAAAAGACUGGAGAACUUGAAACUGUAAAACCUAAUGAAACCGUGAAAAACGGUACAAAGUCUUCAGAAGUUGUGGAUAAUGAUGAACAUAAGGAUUCAGCAAAAACGGGAAACUAUACUCCGAAGACGCUCGAGGCUGAUAGUAAACAGCAAGAACCAGUAAAAGAAAGCAAUAAGCCUUCAGAACAUGAACAAACACCUGGAGGACCAGUAAAAGUAGACGAAAAGCCUCAAGAAUCAACAAAGCCAGAUGAAAAACCAAAAGAACCAAAACCCAACAAUAAAGACUUGUCAAAACAAGAAGAAGAACCACCUCAAAACGACGAAGACAAUAAAAUUCGAGAAGAUUUUCGACCGAUUGGCAAUCCUAAUGCCAACCAUACCACUGUCAACACUUCAGUCACAACCAACCGAACGAUUCGUCUCGAAACCUUCGUCAUGAUAGAGAAGCUUCAAAACAUAUUGGUAGAUGUGAAGGCUACUUUUAAAAACUAUGAGGUUGUAUAUAAAAUGUCAAAACCGGACAAUGAAAGUUUUUGUGAUGGUGUAGAUGCUGUAGUCUAUGUGAUGGCAAUGGCUGACCAGGAAGCAGUAUUGAGACGGCAGGCUUUGAGGGAGACCAUCUUUCAUUCGGUAAGUCUAUACCUUUAGUGUACCUUUAUCUGUAGAAGAUAGACUUCAAAAUUCUAAUUUUCAAAAGUUUUUUUUUAAUUUUUAAAUUUGCAUUUGACCUUAUAAAUUUCAAAUUUUUAGGACAACCUCCCAACAGACAAAAAGAUACUAUACCGCUUCGUAUUAGGCCGAAUGGAAUCAGAAGAGAACUAUCAACAACAGUACAAAGAUGAAAUCGAAAAGUUCAAUGACAUCAUCUUUUACAAUGUGGAAGAAACCUACCGUGACAACUACAUAAAAUGGCACACUAUGCACGCAUGGCAUAUGAGAUACUGUAGCCAAGUGAAACAUUUCAUCAAAAUGGACGAUGACACUGUAGCCGACUUCCGGAGGACGUUUUUGUGGAUGGAUCGAAAUUUCGAUAGGAGAAUAUCAAAAAACCAAAAAUAUUUUGUUUGUCAUAGAAUGUCUGGCUAUCGUGUUUUCAGGGAUCCUGUCGCCAAUCCAAGGUGGUAAGGGGACUUUUAGUUGCGUUAAGAUAUUAUAUUUUCGGCGCACCCUGUAUUAUACUUAUAUUACAUGAAAAAUUAUAGGUCGUUCAAAUAAUUCUGUGCUUUCUGACCCCAAAAAACUUUGUUUUGAAAAAAGGCACAGAAUUAUUUGAACAAACUAAUAUUAGGCUUACAAAUAUGAAGUUGCAUUUUUCUUUCUGACAAGAGAAGUGCCUGACCUGCCUCGCUCUGAUUGACUUCAAACUUUUUAUAUAGAAAGAUAAUGUAAAUAUAACCUCUGCAGCAAAGUGCCAAAUCUCAAUUUCUAGCCAAUCUCAAGAAAAUCGGGAUUAAAAAAUGAAUUUUCGAAUUUCCUGCCAAAUUGGCAUUGUGUGUCAAGCUUAUAACUUUGCCAUUUUUUGAUUUUUAAUUAUUUUUCUUUGAUACACUAGUAGAAAAUUUUUAAAUCGACCUACAUUUUCAAAUUUGUAAGCGUAGCUUGUCUGAAAAGUUGAAACGGGCUUGAAACACAAUGCCAAAGUUGCCAAAUUGGCGGAAAACCAGAAAUAUUUCGAAUUUAAAUUAAAAAAGCGCGAGCUAAAAUGUUUUAUAGGUACUAUUGGUAGUACAAAGAAUUUAUAUAAAAAUUUUGAGCUGAUUCUGAGCGGGGCAGGUAGGGUACUUUCCUUACCAAAAUGAUAUACCACAACUUAUAAUCUACUACAAUAUACAAUACCAAGCUUCUAAAUUUCUAUUUUCAGGUACAUCACACCAGAAGAAUUCCAAGAAGACAUAUUCCCCGAUUACUGUUACGGUUACUUUGUGAUAUACACCAAUGAUACAGUAAAAGACAUAAUGAGGGCUCAAGAAGACACAAAUUUAGUCCACAUGGAUGACUGUUUUUAUACUGGAAUCGUGAGAAGAGAGACAAACUCUAAGUUGUAUGACUUUGAAGGCAUUAGAACAGGCAUUCCUCCCAAUAAAUGCUCUCAGGACAAUGUGUUACCCUACAUGAUAGCCUCAACGGAUCGUAAAACACCGGACAAAAUACGAUUGAGGCUACACACAAUCAAGAACAAAAAAUGCGAGCAAGUGAAAGAUAAGAAGAGUUAA